GUUCUCGUUAUCUCCUCCGCAGACGCAGAAGCAGAACCACACGCAAGACGCACACCUAACCUCCCCCGUGCACUCUCCUCUGCGUCUGAUUCGCUUGGCUUGUGGUUCUUCACUGUUCCGAAGUGCAAGGUUGUGGCUCUCGCCUUUAUUUAUGAAAUUUUCUUUGCAGUUGGUCUCGAUUUCAAAUUAUUUCUUGUGAAAUUGCGUUGCUGUGUCUGAAGAAGGAUAGCUAUCGGUAUACUCUGAAGACACCCUUGGUACAAAGAUUGAAUUUCGUGCUCCGUAGUCUUUGAUAAUGGUUUCAAUAGCCGUUACAUGUGUAGCUUCUUCAUCAUCCCCUUGCUUCCCCAUUGGUUCCCAGAAGCUUUCUUUGUCGACAACCUUCUCAAAACAAAGCCGCGCAUUUCUUCUCAGUAGAAGUAGAAAUUUCUUCCUCCCACCAUCUCAAUCAAGGCUAAAAUUUUGUUCUGGAAGAGCUCUUCCUUCAGUUUGCUUCUUCAGCGCUGGAGACAAAUCUGAAACCGAAUUUCGGGAAAAGGAAUCUGAACAAAAAUGGCUUAUUCUCAGGCGAUGGGAAGUGCCUUGGGAAUGGCAAACAGUUUCACUGACCUCUCUUGCUUGUGGAUUGGGUUUUGUGUUAACAGGUUUGGUUGAGGCAACAACUGUUCCUUAUCUAGGGAUUCGUCCUGAAGAGCUAAGUUUAGAUGAGAAGGCAGGGAUACUAUUUGUAGAUCAGAGUAUAACAACUGCUGUUGUACUUGGAGUUCUAUAUGGCAUUAGUAGCACUUACCAGCUCCCAGAAGACUUCUUUAAAUACGACUGGAGAAAACCUUUCAAUCUUCAAGAGGGAUGGCUGUUGUGGGCAGGAGUUGGACUUCUUGGUGCCCUGGUUGCCAUUGGAUUGACAGGAGCUGCCAUGUCGUUCUUUAGUGGUGAAGCCCCACAAAGAGAGACGGAUGCUCUUGUUCGCUUGCUUCCAUUAAUUGGAUCUUCAAAUGUCAGUACUGCUUACCUGGUUGGCAUCACAGGCAUCCUCGCUCCGCUUCUUGAGGAGACUGUAUUUCGAGGCUUCUUUAUGGCAUCCUUGACUAAGUGGGUUCCUACACCAGUUGCUAUCAUCAUUAGUGCUGCUGUAUUUUCCCUUGCGCAUCUCACUCCUGGAGAAUUUCCACAGCUUUUUGUCCUAGGGACUGCUUUGGGGAUUUCAUAUGCUCAAACUCACAACCUUCUAACUCCUAUCACCAUACAUGCCUUUUGGAACUCAGGAGUAAUAUUAUUUCUUACCUUCCUUCAGCUUCAAGGGUAUGAUAUUAAAGAAUUGUUGCAGGCAACAUGAUGUAAUGGUUUCUCUCAUCCCCGCAGUUAUGGAGCAUGUACAGAUGUAUUUAUUUGCAUAUCACUCUGCUCCCUUUCCUUGUAAAAGCAGAGUUUUAUUGACGAUGAAGAACAAACCGAUUAUCUGACCAUGACAAUUCUAAAUAUGCUAUGAAAUUUUAUUUAUUUUAUUUUA